GGUCAAAGGUUGUAGUGAUGUAAGGGUUUUUCAUUGGCCCAUCCUCAUCACGUGAUAGAAAACUAAUUUCCGCCAUCUUGACAAGUCACCUGGUGGUACUCGGUGCUGUUUUGGCCGAACAAAGAUGGAUAACCCAGAGCAUGCAUGAGUGAACUUUGACCCGUCUCCAGGUAGAGGCCUCGCCCGGCGAUGGAGGAAAGUGACCCAGAAGGGGCAAAGGUCACAGGUGGGGGGGAUGAGGUGGAUGACACCAAGGAUCCAAAACUUUCUGUCCAAGAAGAAAAGGAGAAAGAUGCUACUACUACAAAUCUAGAAGACAAAGAGGAAGAGGCAGCCACCGAAAGCUCUGAUGAAACAAGUGAAGGGAACGCCCAAGUUGCCAUCACAGGUGAAACGACAGAAGAUUCUAGGAUUUCAGAAGAAGCUCCAAACGCCAACCCUUCUCCUUCUAUCGAAGAAAAUUCAGACGAUACGACAACCGUGCAAAGACAGGACGGCGGUGGUUUCGAAGACCCGGAAGACAGGGAAGAUACGAUCCAAUCGGAGAGUAGCGAAACCGAAAGCAAGGACGAACGCCAGAAUGCAGAAGACAUCACGCCAACGAACGAGCAGGCGGAUACAGUCAGUGAAGAUGUUACGCAACAUCUUGCAAUGGAGGAAACAAAAUGUGUCAAGGAUGAAGAAGAACCCGAAGCUUUCCAAACUACUUCCGAUACUGUAGCAGCAUCACAAGGUGUCAACGACACAGUUAAAGAAAAUCCUACAGAAUACAGUGAACUUACAGAGGCCGACCAAGACAAUGCCGACGGGAUCGCCGCGUCUGAUGGAUUCGGAAAUGUCGUUGACGUAGAAGAAGCAAUGGACAGCCCCCUAACAUCAACUUCGCCCGCGGAUUCAGACCAGGAACUGGAUCUCGCAGAGUCUCUUUCCGAUCAUCGCGCAGAAACGGCGGAUAGUGAUUUAGUAGAGGUAGAUAUGUUGGCUACUGUUGGGAAUAACGCGUCCGUUCCAAGUGGCGAACAACCAAUGGAAGAGAUAUCGCUUGACGACGCACAGGAAGACGAAACGGAGACGACAGAGCCCGCGCAGCCGACGAGCCCUCUCGAAGGCUGCGAGAGAACUAUCCUCAGAACUGAGGUGGAGCCGGAGCACACUGGUUCCAGCGUCAACAGUGUUUCGGAGGGGGAAGACGCGCUACUGUCGGAGCUGGACGCAGCCCUGCAACCAGCUGCCUCCCCCAGGGAUCCGGAAAAACGAAACGAGAAAAUGGCGGCAGCGGAUCUGCCCAACGGUCUGAGGAACGACCUUUCGCUGUCGGGCGCUCCAGAGUACGCGGAACUGAAAGUCAAGUUCGAGACUCUGAUGCAGUCACAUACGGAUCAGGCUGUACAAUUACAAAGCCUGUCAGAAGAUCUGCAAGCCAAGACAGGGAAGCUGACUGUCUUAAGUGAAGAGAAGGACGUCCUUAAGGCAGAGAUGAAGACAGUGGUACAGGAGAGGGACACCCUUAAGGUGGACCUGCAGAGGUUGCAGUCUUGUGCAACCAACGAAGUCCAUGCAACCAGGAUAAGACAGCUGGAAGCUAGCGUCUUAGAACAACAGAAGGAAGUGUCGGUGCUGAAAGAAAAGCUGGGUUCUCACGACGCAGCGGCCAAGAGGGCCAUCACCACACUACAGAGGGAGAUGGGAGCUAAAGUAGCCAAGGCACAGCAACUAUAUGAAGACAGUGUUAGGGAGAAAGAGUCCAUGGUUAUCAAGUAUGCCAAGAGUGAAAGUCAACUACUGGACCUUACCAAGGUGAACGAGACCCUUGAAAGAAGACUGAAGGACGCGCUGAGGGAGAGAGAAGGUCUGGUGGGCAGACUGAAACAGUUUCACGCUGAGAGUCAGAAAGUUAGGCAACAGGCAGACAACAAGGAUUCGGAAGUGUCGGCCAGGAACAAGGAAAUGGACAAACUGAAGGAAGAGAUGAACUCUCACAUCAUCAAAGUCAGGUGGUCACAGAACAAGCUGAAAACAGAAACUGAAGCACACAAGGAAACCAAGGCUGAGCUCGAGAAGAUGCGACUGAAACUGAAGGAAGCCAAGGAGGAGUCUGCACAGAUCCGGAGGAACUGCCAAGAAAUGAUCAAGACAUACCAGGAAUCUGAAGAAGUGAAGUCUGUGUCUCUAGACAAACAGCUGAAGGAGAAGGAGACCCAACUGAUGAUGCAAGAGCACCAGAGGUCAGAGGAGAAAGAGGUACUUGAGAACCUGAAGAAGGAGCUGGAUGCUCUAAAGCAGAAGUAUAAAGGACAGCUGUCAGAGAAUAACUCACUCAAAACCAAGGUUGCCUGCUAUGAGGAGGAGAGACAGAAGACAGAGGGGAUGGUGAAACAGUACAAGGAUGCCCUGGGGCAGCAGAAAUCUGACAACAUCGGCCUGCAGGAGAGGAUGAGGCAGCUGCAGGAGCUGCAGAAACAGCUGGACAGUACCAAACAAGAGAAGGGUCAGUUCCAGGAACAGGUGCGGGAGCUGCGGUCAACCCUGUCUGACCAGGAGGCCUCGGUCACCACCAGCAGGGCGCGAGAACAAGAGCUGCUCGUCUUCACGGAAAAACUCACAGCAAAGAACACACAGCUCACUACAGAGAACAACACACUACAAACUAAGGUCAACAACCUGUCAUCAGAGCUGAAGGGUUUGAGACAGACUCUUGAAGAGUUAAAGGCUGAGAAAGAAAAAUUGAGCAAAGACUUGGCCGAAGAGCGAGAUUUACGGGCAAGGGAAGCGGAGCUCCUAACGCAUCGACUGUCAGAGAAAGCAAGAGCUGUUGAACAGCUGACCAUCCAAAUAGAGGACCAGAAAGACGAGAUCAAGACUCUGAAGAGAAAACAUCAGCAGGGGGUCAAGGAUCUGACAAGACAACUGCAACAGGCAAAGAAAAAACUGGAGGCCAUAGAAGCCAGCCAGAAUGAAGGAAAAGAGCUGAGCUCUAGCUCAAGGGCCAGCUCCUGCACCUCAUUGGACAAGGUGUCGGCCAAUGGCAUGCCUGUAUCCGGUAGUCCACCUGUUCAAAACACAGCUUCACAUGCACACAGUAGUGAGGAGGACAAUGUGCCAACUGUCAGCUACAAAGGGCCUUCUGCACCAGAACAAGAGGACCCCUACCCCAACAUCGACAAGUCUGUCCUGGUAGAGCGAAUCCUGAAGUUACAGAAGGCUCACGCUCGCAAGAACGAGAAACUUGAGUUCAUGGAGGACCACAUCACCCAGAUGGUCGACGAAGUCAAGAAAAAGACCAAAAUCAUCCAGAUGUAUGUGAUGCGGGAGGAGGCUGGCACUCUUUCCACUGAGUUCAUGGAUGACAAUAAGACCAAAUUUUUGGCCCGCAUGGCGAGGAAAGGCGGCAUCAUGGCGUCGCUGUACUCUGGCUCGCCGCACGACAGCGAGAUGACCUUUGACCUGUCGCUGGAGAUAAACCGCAAGCUGCAAGCCGUGCUGGAAGACACCCUGCUGAAAAAUAUCACCCUCAAGGAAAACUUGGAGACACUUGGAGAUGAAAUUGCCAGACUAACAAGAGAGCUGGCAACUCUUAAAUAGAUACAGUAGUAGUUUCUUCAAAUUAACAAACCAUUAGGUAUUCUCUAAACUUAGUAUUUAGUGAAUAGUAAGUAGUAUUUAGAUGGGGGAAGUAUCUCAUGUGGGAGGGGUGAUCUGUAAACAAAUGCUAGACAUAUUGCUAAACAUUUUGCAAAAUCUGUACUUUUGGUACUUUUUGACAGCACUACUCGAAAAUUUAACAUAUGAUACUGUAUCUCCAUUGAAAACGUAGAUAUAUUAGAAACAAAAUGUUGAAAAGUCAAGAAUAUCAUAAAAAUCACUUUGUGGAUUUGGCAAUGGUGACAAUGACAAUGCCGAGAUAGUUUCCUGUAUAGCCAACUCAAAUUCGUGAAAUAGUACCCCGUUAUCAUUCAUUUUUCUAUUCUUACUAAAAGUGACAUUCCUAGAAUUUUAGCUUGUUUGUGUCCCAGCAUUUUAUAUGCACAACCCCA